GUCGGACGACAGCCACUUGUAAACAUGGCUGGUGUUGGCUUCCGUGGCUUUGCCCGGGCCCUCUGUAAAGCAAACGGGUCUGGCGUUCGGGCCCUUCUGCCGGGAUGUAGAGCUGCCUCUGGGGUAACAAAGGACAGCCUACCUGGUCGUUUUCCGGAGACCCCCGAGGAAAGAGCUGCUGCUGCUAAGAAGUACAACAUAAGGGUUGAGGACUACGAACCAUAUCCUGACAAGGGAGAGGGAUAUGGUGAUUACCCAAAACUUCCAGAUAGAUCUCAUCAUGAGAGAGACCCCUGGUACAGUUGGGACCAUCCAGAUCUGAGGAGGAACUGGGGAGAGCCGAUCCACUGGAAUUUUGACAUGCUCAUCAGGAACCGUGUGGAUACAUCUCCCAGUCCCGUGUCCUGGUCCACCAUGUGCAAACAACUGUUUGGUUUUGUUGGAUUCAUGCUGUUUAUGUUCUACGUUGGAGAGAAACUCCCAUCUUACCAACCUGUUGCUCCGAAGCAGUAUCCCUUCAAUGACCUGUACUUGGAGAAAGGAGGAGAUCCUGAAAAGCAACCAGAGGAAGUCAAAAACUAUGAAAUCUAAUGAUUUAAAAUCAGACUCUACCUGUGUAUAUAUAUUUCUGUCAAGAAUAAAGACGUAUGUUAAAAGUUAAAA